GAAGACAUGGCUUUGGUAGAUUCAGACGGCUGGGCACACUCCGCGGCCGGCCCAUCCUGAAGCGAAACCCUUCCUCUUGUGGAAGCGUCUGCAUUGACAAAACGACUUCUAUACCCUUUCGCCACCGCGGCCGCCGCCCUACCACGACUUCUCUUCAUCCUCGUAGUCCCUAUCCAUCCAUCGGAGAAGCAGCUCCCUUUAAGCAAUGGACCAAUCAGUUCUCGAUGACAUAAUCAAUCGUCUCCUUGAAGUCCGCGGUCGGCCGGGCAAACAGGUUCAGUUGUCCGAGUCCGAGAUCCGCCAGCUUUGCGUUGCUUCCAGGGAUAUUUUCUUGCAACAGCCUAAUUUAUUGGAGCUUGAAGCACCCAUCAAGAUCUGUGGCGAUGUACAUGGUCAAUAUUCUGAUCUUUUACGUCUCUUUGAGUAUGGUGGAUUACCUCCGCAUGCCAACUAUUUAUUUUUAGGGGAUUACGUGGACCGAGGGAAGCAGAGUUUGGAAACAAUAUGCCUUCUCCUUGCUUAUAAAAUAAAAUAUCCUGAGAACUUUUUCCUGUUGAGGGGAAACCAUGAAUGUGCUUCUAUAAACCGUAUAUAUGGAUUUUAUGAUGAAUGUAAGAGAAGGUUCAAUGUAAGGUUAUGGAAGACAUUUACUGAGUGCUUCAAUUGCCUUCCUGUGGCGGCCCUUAUUGAUGAAAAGAUUCUGUGCAUGCAUGGGGGACUUUCUCCUGACUUGCAUAAUUUGGAUCAGAUCAGAACUCUCCAGCGUCCAACUGAUGUACCAGAUACAGGUUUGCUUUGUGAUCUUCUUUGGUCAGACCCAAGCAAAGAUGUUCAAGGUUGGGGAAUGAAUGACAGGGGAGUUUCAUAUACAUUUGGUGCUGAUAAGGUCUCGGAAUUUCUUCAGAAACAAGAUCUGGAUCUUAUUUGUCGUGCUCAUCAGGUUGUGGAGGAUGGUUAUGAGUUCUUUGCUGAUCGACAGCUAGUAACAAUAUUUUCAGCACCAAAUUAUUGUGGAGAGUUUGACAAUGCUGGUGCUAUGAUGAGUGUUGAUGAGACGCUAAUGUGCUCUUUCCAAAUAUUAAAGCCAGCAGAUAAAAAACCAAAGAUCAAUUUUGGAAGUAGUACAACAACUGCGAAGGCUGGAAAUUCUCCAGCAGGUAUAAAGUCCUUCCUGGGUACAAAAGUUUGAGUUGAAUUUUUGGGGGAAAGAGGUGUUGCUUCUAACAGACGAGAGUGGUCCUGAGCGGAGUACUGGCAAGAACAAGAAGCUUGAGUUCCAUGUCCUCUAUUGUGAUGUGUUGAAGCACUUGACUUCCAUCUAAUCUGCUAUGAUUUGCUGAAGUUGUAAAAUGGCAUAAUACCAUCGUGAACUAAUGCAAACCAUUGUCUUUUUGCUGGUACGAAGCUGGUUUUUCCAAGAUGAAAAGCCGUAACCUCCCCCCGGGGUCUUCCUUGUACACUAGUGCUUGGUUUACGUUGGUCUGAAGCAUGAGCUUCUCAAGUGCAGAUGGAUGCAUCGGCUUAUGUCGCUGAGAACCGUUUAAUACAUUUCUCAUACAUUUUAUCAUAUUUUGGGCAUGUUCACCUGCUGCCAAA